AGCCGCUGAGCCCCGUGGCGGCGGCGGGGAGCUGCAUGGGGGAGCGCGGGCCGCGCUCGCGAAGAUGCCCCGGCCGGAGUUACCCCUGCCGGAGGGCUGGGAGGAGGCGCGCGACUUCGACGGCAAGGUCUACUACAUAGACCACAAGAACCGCACCACCAGCUGGAUCGACCCCCGGGACAGGUACACCAAACCGCUCACCUUCGCCGACUGCAUCAGUGACGAGUUACCGCUGGGAUGGGAAGAGGCGUACGACCCGCAGGUUGGGGAUUACUUCAUAGACCACAACACCAAAACCACCCAGAUCGAGGACCCCCGGGUGCAAUGGCGGCGGGCGCAGGAGCGCAUGCUGAAGGACUACCUGGUGGUGGCCCAGGAGGCGCUGAGCGCGCAGAAGGAGGUCUUCCAGGUGAAGCAGCGGCGUCUGGAGCUCGCGCAGCGGGAGUACCAGCAGCUGCACGCUGUGUGGGAGCGCAGGCUGGGCUCCGAGGUCAGCUUGGUGUCUGGCUCCUCGUCCAGCUCUAAGUAUGACCCCGAGAUCCUGAAAGCGGAAAUCGCCACUGCAAAAUCCCGGGUCAACAAGCUGAAGAGAGAGAUGGCCCACCUGCAGCACGAGCUACAGUUCAAAGAGCGUGGCUUUCAGACCCUGAAGAAAAUUGACAAGAAAAUGUCCGAUGCUCAGGGUGGCUACAAGCUGGAUGAGGCCCAGGCUGUCCUGAGGGAAACCAAGGCCAUCAAGAAAGCCAUCACCUGCGGAGAAAAGGAGAAGCAGGAUCUCAUUAAGAGCCUUGCCAUGCUGAAGGACGGCUUCCGCACUGACAGAGGCUCUCACUCCGACCUGUGGUCCAGCAGCAGCUCUCUGGAGAGUUCUGGAUUCCCCCUGCCGAAGCAGUAUCUGGACGUGAGCUCACAGACGGACAUCUCAGGAAGUUUCGUCACCAGCAACAACCAGUUGGCUGAGAAGGUCCGAUUGCGCCUGCGCUAUGAAGAGGCUAAGAGAAGAAUCGCCAACCUCAAGAUCCAGCUGGCCAAGCUUGACAGUGAGGCCUGGCCUGGGGCGCUAGACUCGGAGACGGACCGGCUCAUUCUCAUCAACGAGAAGGAGGAGCUGCUGAAGGAGAUGCGCUUUAUCAGCCCGCGCAAGUGGACCCAGGGGGAGGUGGAGCAGCUGGAGAUGGCCCGGAAACGGCUGGAGAAGGACCUGCAGACAGCCCGGGACACCCAGAGCAAGGCCUUGGCUGAAAGGUUAAAGUUAAACAGUAAGAGGAACCAGCUGGUGCGAGAACUGGAGGAAGCUACUCGGCAGGUGGCAGUCCUGCACUCCCAGCUGAGAAGCCUGUCCGGCAGCAUGCAGUCUUUAUCUUCAGGCAGCAGCCCUGGGUCACUUACGUCUAGCCGGGGCUCCCUGGUCACCUCCAGCCUUGACUCCUCCACCUCAGCUAGCUUCACCGACCUCUACUACGACCCCUUGGAGCAGCUGGACUCGGAGCUGCAGAGCAAGGUGGAGCUGCUGCUUCUCGAGGGGACCACGGGCUUCCGGCCCUCGGGCUGCAUCACCACCAUCCAUGAGGACGAGGUGGCUAAGACUCAGAAAGCUGAGCGGGGCGGCCGCCUGCAGGCUCUGCGCUCCCUGUCCGGCACGCCAAAGUCUAUGACCUCACUGUCCCCACGCUCCUCUCUCUCCUCCCCGUCGCCUCCCUGCUCCCCUCUCAUUGCCGACCCCCUCCUGACCGGAGACACUUUCCUGACGCCGCUGGAGUUCGAGGAUCCAGAGCUGAGCGCCACUCUUUGUGAGCUGACCCUUGGGAGUAACACCCAGGAAAGAUACCGGCUGGAAGACCCGGGACCCCAGGGCAAGGCUGUGGGCCAAGGUAGAACAGGCCCUCCCGGUGGGGAGCGCGAAGCCGCGAAUGCAGCUCCAGGGUGUGGCCUCAAAGUGACCUGUGUCUCGGCUGCAGUGUCCGACGAAUCCGUGGCUGGGGACAGUGGUGUGUACGAGGCUUCCGUGCAGAGACCGAGUGCUUCAGAACCUGCUGCUUUUGACAGUGACGAGUCAGAGGCUGUGGGAGCCACUCGGGUUCAGAUCGCCCUAAAAUAUGAUGAGAAGAAUAAGCAGUUCGCAAUAUUAGUCAUCCAGUUGAGUAACCUCUCCGCUCUGUUCCUGCAGCAAGACCACAAAGUGAACAUCCGUGUGGCCAUCCUGCCUUGCUCCGAAAGCACCAUCUGCCUCUUCCGGACCCGGCCUCUGGAUGCCGCUGACACCCUCAUGUUCAAUGAGGCAUUCUGGGUGUCCAUGUCCUACCCAGCCCUUCACCAGAAGACCUUACGAGUAGACGUCUGUACCACUGACAGGAGCCACACCGAGGAGUGCCUGGGAGGUGCUCAGAUCAGCCUGGCUGAGGCCUGCCGCUCUGGGGAGAGGUCGACACGCUGGUACAAUCUUCUGAGCUACAAGUACUUGAAGAAGCAGAGCAGGGAGCCCCAGAUGCUUGGAGCCACGGGUCCUGACCCAGAGCCAGACCACACGGACGCAGUGUCUGUCUUGUUAGAACAGACAGCUGUGGAGCUAGAGAAGAGGCAGGAGGGAAGGAGCGGCUCCCAAACACUGGAAGGCAGCUGGAGGUAUGAAGAGGAGACCAGUGAGAACGAGGAAGUGCUUGAGGAAGAGGAGGAAGGAGAAGAAGAUGUUUUUGAUGAGAAAACCUCAACAGAUGCAGAUGAGUACCCAGCAUCAAAGGUGGACAAAGAGACCAACACUGACAGUGUGGCCCCGUCCCCCACAGUGGUGCGGCCCAAGGACCGGCGAGUGGGUACCCCAUCGCCGGGGCCAUUUCUCCGAGGGAACACCAUCAUCCGCUCCAAGACCUUCUCCCCUGGGCCCCAGAGUCAGUAUGUGUGCCGGCUGAAUCGGAGUGACAGUGACAGUUCCACUCUGUCUAAGAAGCCACCUUUUGUUCGAAACUCCCUGGAGCGGCGCAGUGUCCGGAUGAAGCGGCCUUCGUCUGUCAAGUCCCUGCGUGCAGAGCGCCUGAUCCGCACCUCACUGGACCUCGAGCUGGACCUGCAGGCGACAAGGACCUGGCACAGCCAGUUGACCCAGGAGAUCUCGGUGCUGAAGGAGCUGAAGGAGCAGCUGGAGCAAGCCAAGAGCCGGGGGGAGAAGGAGCUGCCGCAGGGGCUGCGCGAGGACGAGCGCUUCCGCCUGCUGCUGCGGAUGCUGGAGAAGAGGGUGGAUCGCACGGAGCGCAAGAGUGAGCUGCAGACGGACAAGAUGAUGCGGGCAGCUGCCAAAGACGUGCACAGGCUUCGAGGCCAGAGCUGUAAGGAGCCCCCCGAAGUGCAGUCUUUCAGGGAGAAGAUGGCAUUUUUCACCCGGCCCCGGAUGAACAUUCCAGCUCUCUCUGCAGAUGAUGUCUAAUCACCAGAAAAGUAUUUCCUUUGUUCCCUGGACCACGCUGUGAACAUUGACUGUGGCUAAAGUUAUUUAUGUGCUGUUAUAUGAAGGUAGCAAGUCACAGGGCCUCUAGCACUCUCGUUGGUUUGAAAAAUAACAGAUUUUUAGUUUGGGUUUUAUUGUUAUUAUUAAAACACACACACACACAGAAAAAAAAAACAACCAGCAUUAAAAUGACAAGAUUGUAUAGUUUGUAUAUUUAGGAAUGUAUUUUUGGGAAAGAAAAUUUAAAUGACCUAAGGCAGUGUUAAGUUGCUGCUCUUCUUAAAAUUGUCUAGAUUUUUCUUUUUGUACAGCAAUGCCUUUUAGAGGUUUUCCUGCAAUAAGAAGUCCUGUCUGAGGAUGGUCAUCCUAAAAGGACAUCCUCCAAUGGCACACCACAGCUAGCCUCCCCUGGUUAACAUAUUUUGUACAAUAUUAAAAAAGAAAGAAAGAAAGAAUGCAAAGAAACUGUUGGGGGUUACGAGGUGCGUCCACAAAUCUCCGUGAGCUGUGAUGUGUUUUUACGUGGCCACCUGACUUGAAGUGGGCGGCAUGGAGCUGGCUUGGCAGGCCAGCCCAGCUGGCAACAGGCCACCACCAGUCUCAGAUGCCCAGUGAAGCCACUGAUGGUGAGGGGAGGGCUGUGGAGAGCUGCUUCCAGUUUUGUCUCUAUCAAUAAAGUGGCCUUUUCAGAAGA